CUCUUUCCUGUCUUUUCAGAGGUGGUUCUCAUGCUGCAGAACAUAGUGGUCCUUUGAGUCUCAAUCUCAGCGCCUUGGCACAUCACAUGACGACCACCGUCAACAACAAUCUUACUAAUAACAACAAUAACAACUCCACAAAGGCCAAUUACAAACACAAUUCCUUACACUCUUCCUUCAAUGAUUCAGCUUUAAAUCUCUCGAAAUGUUCCUCCUCACUCAAUGUAAGCGGUGAUGAUUACUAUUACUUUGUCAAACCAGAAUUAGAUAUAUCCAAUCAAAAUACCAAUCCCAAUGCCAAUACUGCGGUAGUAAAUGGUGGAGGUGCUGGUGCCGCCAAUAAUGCACCCCCUGCUCAUCAAAAUUCUCAACACAAUGACAGUCGUGUUUCCUCAACACGCAAUGAUUCUAAUAAUCAAAAUAAUACCUAUGAUGAUUUAGAUAAUUCUUCUAUGCGUAGUGGUGAAGAUGGAAAUUCUUCAGUACGUAAUACUGCCUUAAGUCAUCAGGGUUCCGAUGAGGUGGAGGAAUUAGAGGCCAUAGAUGCUGAUUUUCCCUAUCCUUUGAUAUUAAACUCAACAUCACCCUCAACCAGUGCCAAUGGUCCGGCUAGCAAACGAAGACGUAAACAUUUACAGAGUACAGGCGAGGAGGAAGAAGACGAUGAGGAUGAAGAUGACUAUGAGGGUCAGAUGUUGCAACAACAUCGUCAUUUGAGAAAUCAACAAAGUCAAGCCGCUGCUGGUCUUAUAGGCGGUAUGGGUGAUAUGAUGCCACCACCACAAACGGUGCGUGAAGUUUUAAAUUCGAAAUUUUGUGGUUUCAUAUCGGCCAAACUAAAUAGUAUGGAAGAUUCAGAGGCCGAUAAUUUAAUGAAUAAAAUACUCAUGUUAUUGGUGCAAACACAAAUGACACAAACAGUCAAUAGUGGCGGACUUAGUAUGGCUAAUGGUCAAAAUGACAGCAAAUGAGUUGAGAGCAGUGGACUGCAGCUUUAUGCCAAAAUUUUAUAAAAUGAACAAAAAAAAAAGUGCCAUA